CAACACUCACAUAUCAAUUCGUCAACAGAAAAGCCCAGGCCUCUACCACCCAUGAAUCAAGGAAUGACUCUCGAGGAGGCUUUAACAGCCGAUGACGAUGUACUUUUGGAGCUUUCCUACUCCAGAAAACAGGAAAAACUCCUGGAUUACCUGCGGGAGAGCCGGACUGACAUCGAAAAUGCCGUGUCAAGACACCUUGGCUUGUCAAAAUCCGAACGAUGCCGAAUUGGUGAGCGGGACGAAUGGAUGCGAGGAAAUUUCAACCUCUGCAUACCCGUAUACAUUGAGAAUUGGUCUAGACAUCCUAGAAAGCGAGUUGUCAUCCGGUUUCCUCUGCCGUACAAGCUAGGAGAGGGUGAUUUCCCCGGCAAUGUGGAGGAAAAACUGCGCUGCGAAGCGGCAACCUUCAUCUGGAUACAGGAGCACUGCCCUGAAGUUCCAAUACCCUUUCUCUGGGGAUUCGGAUUACCGAAUGGCGAUAGCUUCACCACUACCAAAGUACUAUCAUGGCUCCCUUGGUUGCUAUGGUUGGUCGGCCUUGCUUCCAUAAAGAUAUUUGGACACCCCAUACCCUGUCCCUAUAUCUGGAACCCCAAGACCCAUCAACUGAAGACUGGGUAUCUGGUCAUGGACUACGUCGAAGAAUCUCAAGGGAAACCCUUGGCGAAGUCCUGGACUGACCUUAAUUCUGACCAAGGCCGGCGGCAAAACUUCUUUUCUGACCUGUCACGCAUCAUGCUCGCUUUUGCUCGGAUAUCCUUCCCCGACAUAUGCUCCCCGACCAUUGAUGACGAGGGUGUUCUGCACUUCCAGCACCGUCCUCUAACCUUUAGGCUGCAACAAAUGGAAAACAAAGGCAUUCCCAUCCCUAUCGAGAGGGGGACCACGUAUCCAAAUGUUGACGCAUAUCUCUUCGAUUUGCAAGGCUGCCACGACUCACGUAUCCGCCACCAAAGGAACUCGAUUCUUAACCGAUCAGACGCCGAAAUGAAGACUUCGGUUCUAGCUGCCCUCCGAGCAUUAACACCUCACUUUUUCGAUAGAGACCUACGCAACGGCCCAUUUGUCUUUAUGCUUACCGACAUUCAUCCGAACAAUAUCUUUGUUGACGACGAGUGGCACAUCACAUGCCUCAUAGACCUUGAAUGGGCAUGUGUACGACCAAUCGAGAUGCUGCUCCCUCCUGUGUGGUUCACAGGUCGACGGGUGGACCAGCUGCCCAAAGGUCAGCACUUGGACGUAUAUUCCAGUAUUCGCGAUGAAUUCCAGCAGUCAUUCGAAAAAGAGGCAUCAGUCAUUCCCAAACAUAGCACAGCCCUUCUGAGUGCACAGCUUCUACGGUCAACGCUUGACUCCGGAAGGUUUUGGUAUUACCACGCACUAGACAACCCAAAGGUCGCCUGUAAUCUGUUCUUUCAGCACAUCUGGCCAAGGUUCAAUGGUAGCCCUGGUGUGUCCGAGUUUACCAAGUCUGCCAAGAUAUUGACUACAUGCUUGGAUGAAGACGCUGAAGAAAUCAUCAAAUCGAAGCUGGUUGAACGCGAACAGUAUGUCGCAGACUUGCAGUCUUUAUUCAAGAUCAAUAGCACGGGUUAAAGCCUAAUAAAUAGUCAUAUACACGUGUCGACUUUCCAAGAUCUAGGUUUUCCAGCAGAUCUAGCUUUUAUAAGACGCAGCUAUUACUACAGCUUAUGGAGGUAUUGGAAAAGGUAACCAGUUGGACUGGAACUUUACUCUGUCUGAGUAUAGUGUUGACCUUUUCUUUUUUGCUGUUGAGGUUCUCGUCCCCCUCUGAGUACGUGUGUACUAGGGCACCCUAACCUCUUGAUAUAUGCUCAAACUUGCCACAGGACUAUGAGAGCAACUUGAAAUCGAAUCAAAUGGAAAAUAUAGUUAAA